AAGGCUCCUUGCAACACCCAGAAAAGCUUGGAAAGUGACAACUAUUAUUUGGGUCUUCAGAGACUUUUAUAUCCAAGGUCAUCUUAACGAUCUCCUGACACCUGAGACAAUGAAGGGCUGGCUGUUGUUUUUUUUUACACUGUGUAGAAUUUCUGCUUCUCCAGUCCUGUCCAGCUCCUGUCCAGCCUGUGCAAGUGACCAGUACUGUGACACCAACAGCUGUGUCUGUAAUUCGACUCUGUACAGCGCAUCAGUGAAUCCACCAUCCCCUGUCAUUGACUGCAGCGAUACCAUGACAUUGACCGUGCCAAAAUGCCAACUGGAAAAAAACAGAUAUAGCUCAGCCAGUUUACAUCUGGUGAAUUCAAACUGCCAGCUGCAAGAACGAAUUGUUGGUAAUCUUGCUCAAAUGGUUUAUAACUGGACACUUGGAGACUGCGGUAACAGUAUAAUUGUGAAUUCUUCUCAUGUCACUUAUGCCAAUAAACUGUACAUCUAUGCCCAAAACUCUAUAAUCACCAACAGAAACAAUGUUACUCUAACUUUCUCAUGCACUUAUCCACUGAACAUGAGUACUUCACUUAAUUUCCCCUUGAAGACAGUAUUUGGGUCGGCAGAGAUAACUGUCCCUAAUGGAGAAGGAACACUGACUGUAACCAUGACAGUUUAUACAGAUCCAUCAUUCUCCCAAUAUGUAACUUCUGACACUGUGUUGGCUGUGGCGCAACCUUUGUAUGUCUCGGUGUUGAUGCCAAGCUUGGUGUCCUUCUCUGUUAAAGUCACUAAUAUUUAUGCCACAGAAACGUCAGAUCCCUCUGUGGGAUCUAAAGUGUAUCUACUUGAGAAUGGGUGUAAACCUGGCGGCAUGGGUGCAGAUCUAAUGAGCACAUUACAGAAUGGAAAUUACACCGAAUCACGAUUUGUAAUGAGAGUUUUCCAGUUUGCUAAUAUGCCUAGUCUCUAUCUGUUUGCGGAUGUUACAGUUUGUAAUGGCACUUGCAUACCGGAGUGUAGUUCCCGUUCGGGUGUUGUUGAUAGAUCAGCGGGUACACAGACAGUCAGCGUGUAUCUAGAAUCAACUGACACAUACUCUGCUGCUACUACUGCAUUUGGUUGUUUCUCCUCAAUUUGGACUCUGAACUCCAUUUUGUUCUCUCUCAUCCUAAGUAAACUCAUGUAGCAUGUCAUCCUUUCACAUGUUCCUUGAUCAGACAGCAAUCAAAAUGACAAUACAUUUUCCUGCUUGUUUCAACUCCAAUAUGAAAUUAUAUUGCUUGCAUCCUGUUGCCAAUCUUUUGGGAUCACGAAAUCUAGAAGAUGUCAAAAAUAAUUAUUUACGCUGAUGUAUAUAUUUGACUUGCUUUGCUUUACGCUUGUACAUUUAUCUGCCACUCAAUAAAUUUCAAAGCAAAUUAUAUCUUAAA